AGUCUGAGAAGAAUCUCACUGUUUGUGUCUCUAUCCAGAAGAAAUAAAGAAUCCAAAAUUUUCAGUACGUUUUCAACAACAAAAUAUAUAGAAAAUUUUGAAAUAAAUCGUUACAAUUGAAAACAAAAGUUAAGCACUAACUAUAAAGAACGGCAAAGAAGAAAGAUAGCGAAGCUUCUAAGUUUCUCAAGCAAGAAAAAUAAAAUUGAAAUAAUUUAUAAAUAGAAAUGAAAAAGAAGCAAUAGUCCUUUCGACAUCAAGAAGAGAGAACAUACACAUAAUAAGGGGAUUCUUUUUCUUGAUGGAUGAUGAUGAUGAGGAUCAUGAUCACAAUGGCUCCACUAUCACCAUAAACUAAUUCCUUGUAGCACUAUGUAUAUAUACCCCCAUUGUGAUCAUGUCAUUAUACAAACAUUACAGAACUGUCCUCUUCUUCAUUCUAGUUCUCUUAACAUAAAAAGAAUCACAAAGAGAAUCUGUUUCAAAGUGAUAAGAGUAUAAGCUUUGACAGUUAUUAAUGGAAGGUAAAGGACGAGUAGGAUCAUCAAGUUCUUCUUCUUUCACCGCCGAAGUCUUUGGCUUCAAAGAUCCUUCGCCGCCAUCUUCUUCCUCUGGAAUCUUCUCUUCCAUUUUCCCUCAUCCCUCCAAGGACGUUGCAAGAGAUGGUCCAAGCUUCAAACAUGGCCCACAAGCUCAACGUAGAGAAUCUUCAACUACGCAAGGAGACAGAGUUGAGCCAUGUCAUCUAAGCUCUUCUCUUUACUACGGUGGUCAAGACGUAUACUCUCGAUCCACCACCAACCAAACUUACCCUUCAGUAAAAAACGAGCGUCUUAGAAGCGGAGAAGGCGAUGCUAAUGGACAGAACUCGCAAGAUGUUUCAAGAGGAAACUGGUGGCAAGGUUCUCUUUAUUACUGAAGAACCAGUUCCUUUAGUUUCCUUGUAAAUAUCUCCACAAACCCCAUGAAGCUCAAGCCAAGUACUAUUAUCUACCGAACCAAGACUUUGUAUAAAUAACUUUAUGCAGAAAAAAUAUUAGGCGAUUUCUAAUAUUAAAAAUAAUAUAAAGAGAUCUCCUAGUAAAAGUGUCUUGAAUAGAUUUGUCUAGUACUUGUUCUAAUCAACUGUGUCAGUGUUUUCUCUGCU